CAGUCUCAGGUGCAAACAGGUGGAUGGUCACGCCCUGCUCGUUGAGCAGGUAGAGCAGGUAACAAGUAGAGCGCCAUCACUCAGAAACAAGGACCCACGCUAGAGAAGACAAACGUGUGUAACAGGACAGACACCCGGAAUGAACUAAGUAACCGUGCAGGUUGUUUCCACCCGAAGAUCCGAGCUUUCCCCGCUUGUCCCUGAAGAUGAAGAUCGCGAUAGUCUUGGUCUUUCUGAGCAUGGUCGUCAUGAUCGUGAUGGUUUCCCAGGCCGUGCAUCAAGAGCUUAAAAUGCACAAAGCGAAACAAAACGCGGUGGAGAACACGGCGGAGGUCAAGCGGAAAGAAGAAGCCAUCAUCGAGGUGAAAGCUAAAGUGUCAACUCUGACUAGAUCACUGAGAGCCGUCAACGAUAAGAUUGAAGAGUUGAAGAAGAAGAAAGAUGAGUUGAUAAAGUCUACAAAUGAUUUUGGUCCAAGUCUGCAGACCUGUAACACGGAGAAGGUAAGACACACACACACACACACACACACACACACACACACACACACACACACACACACACACACACACACACACACACACACACACACACACACACACUUAAAAUUUAGCUCUCUGUUAAGAAAACUGCUACAUAGCCAGGCACAUACAUGAAAACAGGCACAUCUAUAGUCGGCCAGGAAGUAAAAAAUCAGCAUACACUUGGUGUCUGGUAUUGCAGGAUUAACCUCCUCUUCUGUGCAGUUAAAACACUCACAAUAUGUUUCUCCUGAUGCUGCCCCUGAUCGAACUUUCACCUGUGUCUUUCUUUAAUAGGCAGACAUUGUGAAGAAGAAGACAGACCUGACAAAGCGUGUUUCUGAUCUCAAAGGUAAGGCUGUUUUUGUUGGUUAUUUCAGCUGAAGGGAAAUAAUAAAAAAAUAGGAUUUUGUAGUGAGUUUUUUGCAUUUGUAUUGGGCAUUUCAAAACUGAUCAGAAGUAAUGUUUGAAAUGCCAUAGUUUGAAUCUACACCACACCUGUAGCUGCAGCUAAUAAUUUUACACCUAAUAAUCAACACACUGGAAAAAAUUGAAAUCAUAAUUUAUUCACUACUGUUUUUCUCUGUCAUUUCCCCAGCUGGUCAUGAAAACUCCAAAAAGACAGCAGAGGAAGAAAUUAAGAACCUGAAACAACAGAUUCAGGAUCGAGACAAAGCCAUUUGUGCCUUUGCAGAUACAACCAAGGAGGAGGCACGGUAAGAUCACAUGAGCAGAAUAAUGGUCAAUGAUUAGCUCUGGUCAGAAAAUCACAACAUUAGAACCACAGGCCUUGUUUUUCAUACAGUACAUACCUAUCUGUGUGACAUUGUUGAGCAUUGCCCCAUAAUAUUAAUGGGGUUUGGACUUGAGAAAACAGCAGAACACUAAAUGAAUUUUGUUUUUUCUUUUUUGCAGGAAACUGUGUGGAGUUGCUGAAUCCCCACAAUAAAACCAAUGCUGGAUUUCUUGACAGGCACAGGAAUAUAGUUACUGAUGUGAUUUCAGUGCCGUUUUGUUCAAGAAAAGAAAUCCUAUAGAACUUAAGGACUGUACAUAAAUUUGCACAUACAUGGGAAGUGAGUUUCUAUGUGUUUGUUACUGUUUUAGAGUUAGAUCAGAUUUUUUGUAAGAAUUUUUUGGCCAUUUAUGUCUGUUGUCAACACUUUGACUCUUGCCUUGACUGUUGAAUAAAAUUUAAUAAUAUGUUUAAGGGAUUGCCAAAAAUAGUUGUCUCUGAUUCAACCGGUUUGGCUACAUUAUGUUCCUUUCAACUAAGAAUACCUGAGGAUCACUGUACAUGCCUGCUGCCCUUCCCCUGGUGAAACCUGAAAGACUGCAUCUAAGUUCAAUACACUGUGAUACCUGUUUGAUGUGUGCAGGCAGAGGAAUUUGUUUAACAAAUUUAGUGCAUGUUGAUUUAUAAUUAGAGUUUGCGCUUUGUAAAUAUGUCUCUGCCUCAUGGUUCCGUUUUUGGAGGUCAUCAUAGUGUGAUAUAAACCUGUUUAAAUGAUUAAAUAUAUAGUAAUCCAAACAUGUCAAGUUGAUCACCAGCUCUCCCGAUUGAAAUGUGUGGUUAUUAUGCAUGACCACGACUAAAGAACUUUCAAAU